AAACCAGAAACGAACGAACACGGCCAGAAGAACUCCGAAGGGCUGCUUUCGGAACUUGCGAGGAUAUACGACGGUAUCAUACAGCUGCAUCAGUCUUCUUUCGUUUGUCGGAGGGGUGAAUUUCAGUUUUGCAAGUGAAGCGCGUGAUACAUAACCGUUUUUACAAGUUUUGUUUGUUUGUGUUUGAAGAACUAUUUAUUCAGUGAUUUUGGUUGUUUUGUGGGAACAAUGCUGUUCGAAAAUCCUCCCGGAAAAUUGUUUUCUCCUUACAGUGUGCCACCGCCAGUCUUACCGCCGCCUAUACACGGAAUCCAUUGUCCAACGUUCACAGUCAUACAGCAAGACAGGGAAAGCGCUGGCAUGGGUGAAGGCAACGGCAUGAUGGAUCCUCAUGAACUUACUUUGGUGCCCAUCAACGGCAGCCACUCAGGCUCCUCUGGUAGAAGCACACCAAACGCAUCGAAUGAUCCAGCUCCUGGAAAACUGUUUGUGGGAGGCUUAAGUUGGCAGACUUCCAGCGAAAAAUUGAAAGAAUACUUCGGGAUGUUCGGCAACGUUACAGAUGUCUUGAUAAUGAAGGAUCCAGUUACACAGAGAAGUCGAGGUUUCGGUUUCAUCACAUUCUCAGAACCAUCAAGUGUAGAGAAAGUACUGAAGGUUCCAAUACAUACAUUGGACGGAAAAAAGAUUGACCCAAAACACGCAACACCCAAAAAUAGACCAAAGCAACCAAACAAGACUAAAAAGAUAUUCGUAGGAGGCGUCAGUCAGGAUACAUCAGCCGAUGAGGUUAAAGGCUAUUUUAGUCAAUUUGGGAAAGUAGAGGAGACUGUAAUGUUAAUGGAUCAGCAGACCAAAAGACACAGAGGAUUUGGAUUCGUAACCUUCGAGAGUGAAGAUGUUGUUGAUAGAGUUUGCGAAAUACAUUUUCACACUAUUAAAAACAAAAAGGUGGAAUGUAAAAAAGCACAACCCAAAGAAGCAGUUCAAGCUAGUGCUCAUUUAUUAGGUAAACGACUAAUGCUCACCGGAUUGGGCAUGCGUGCCAUAGCUCCCGCACCAGGAGUGUUAGCCACAGUUAACCCCCUAGCAACAGCUCAAGCGCAAGCACAUGUACAAGCCGUACAAGCUGCCGCAGCAGCCGCUCAAGCCCAGCCUCUCGCAUUAGCGACUUACGGAAAACUGUUUGGUACCUACCCACAUUUGGCUAGUUACCGCUAUUCACCUUAUCCGAUAACAGCAGUCAGUGCAGGCGCAGCAGCCACACAGAACCCUGCUCAAGCACCUGCAGCUCAUACGCCUGCACCCCCCACAAUGGCGCCCCCAGUCGCUGCUAGCCCUUACCAAGGCUACAAUCUCACAAAUGUUGAUAUGUCAUCGUUUCAGGGAGUCGACUGGGGAUCCAUGUACGGUGUCGGCAUGUAUGUCUAAGUGUUCACACAUUUGUUAUUUAGGUUUCUUGUGUUAGGUUAUUGUGAAGGACUUCCAUGAAAAUAAACGAUACAUUUCCAACAGAGGAAGGGAUACUGCAUCUACCAAAUACGUCAAGUUCCUUUUGCGACUUCUAGCCUUAUUUUAUUUCUUAUUUUAUCAUACAUACUGAAGGUACUGCCAUUGUAUGCUUGAUAAGGCAACCUUUCCUAUAACUUUUAAUAACAUGUGCCAUAUUCAUAAAUAAUCCCAGUAUGUUGUAUGUUUCAAAUUUAAAUAGUUGAUAAUUUUCCUUUUUAUUUUAUUUCUUUAUUCUAUUACUUUUUUUUGUAAUUCACUUACUGUAUGGUAUGUUUUAAAUUGUACAAUUUUAUGACCAAUGCUUUCUCUUCAACUCAAAGCCUAAAUGGUUCUCAAUACACUUUUGCGCAAGAUAAUAUUUAUCUAUGAUAAAUAAACUAUAUGUUAGUAGAUGUAAAAUACCCCUUCCUUUUCUUAAUUGUCAAUGGCAGCGGCUCGUGCCUACUUUUCAAUGGUAUUAUUGAUGAUGCUACAGUGGUGAUUUUUUUCUGUACAUAGAAUCACAUUGCCACAAUGCUGUCGGGCAGUUUUUCUAAAAGCAUCACACACAUUGCGCUUACAACUAUUUCAAAAUACUCCUAGAAAUAAUAUCUAGUCGAGAACUACUCGUAUUCGGCCAUAAACAGGUUAAACGCCUUCAAUUAUGGUUCUUGUAGUACUCGACUGUCGGUUUUGAUGCCGUCUUUCUGCUCAUCUAGCAUCUCGGCAAUAACUCGCAAUAAUCAGUAUUAAAUUUUUGAGAAAAAAUAAAUUGCCGUUUUGUUUUAAUUAUUUUCCGUAUGAAAAAAACUCUUGAUAUUCCUGUCAUAUGGCAAUAAUUAUAACUUAUUUAUAAUGGAACAUUAAAAAAAAAAGGUUGUGUUGAGUGUACUUAAGUUAUUAUACCUUAGUACUUAGAUGGGGCUGGAAAGGAUUGUUCUUUCGAAUAAACAGAAUAAUCCAAUACACAUCGUAUAUCGAAGUCUAUACUUUAUUUUACGUUAAGAACGAAACGUUUGGCUUAUGCAGAUCAGUGUUGCCAAGGUCGACAUAAGAUUCAUUCUCGACACGAUAGAAGCGGCAUCGGCGCGGUUCUAUCGUCCAUAAGAAAUACACGGCCCUAUCUACGCAAUGUUCCGUUCUUAAGGUGAAACGCUCUAUAGACACCAUUCUGUACGUAAUAUACAGAUAUUUUUUAUUGGAAUAUUCUGUUUACACACUUACUUAAGUAUAUCAUUCAAUCAAUACUUUCCAAUCCCUGUACUUAAUUUAUUGUAUUUCACCAUUUUUGACUGAUAGGACGGUACUUAUACAUUAGUAAUUAUUUUAUGAGUUAGUUUUUCGAUCGAGUUCAUCACUUUAUUCACUAUUUAAUGAUAUUAAUUUUAUUCAAAGGAUCUCAUUCAUUCGAAUUUUUAGUGUUAUAUUCGAUGUGAUCUAUUUACACAAAUGGAACCAUGUUUUAUAUACUUAAAAUAUCUACAGGGUAGUGAAAUGAUUAUUUAAAUGUAAUGAGGAGUGUAGUUUCUACACCACUGUAAUAAAAAGAUGGAUCUGAUUAUUCAUAAUCUUGGAAUAUUCUUCAUAAAAUAUAUUAUUAUGAAUUACCUAAUUUAACUAAUAUGUGAUUUUUCUACUUAAACGUAACUUAGGUAUACUACUCACAGUACUUAGAUUUAUGUUUUGAAGGGACCUGGUAUUUACCAAUAUUAGGUCUGUCCUUUGUAUAUGAGCAAUUAAAAGACAUACAUAACUUUAUAUAAUCUUAAAACGAAUAUCAGAUCUGCUAUUCCUUUUUCUUUUUUUAUGACCUGUGUUUACUGGGUUAUUUUUAUUCAUUUUUGCGAUUCUGAUGAGCCGCUGUCGCGUCAUUUGUUCGGUAGUUUUCUUGGUAAACCUCUUCCUGCAGACCAUUCGUCUCUUACAAUCGUGACUAUUCUGUUAUCCUGCAUUCGCGUUAUAAUGUUAAUUUCAGUUCUUUCUUCUUUCUCACUCACAUCACACCACAUACUAUAUCCCCGUUUUUUAUGCAGUCACACCUAGUUUUCUAUUACCAAAUCAAAUAGGAGUGGGCAUAAUAUUACUCGCUUGUGUUAUUCUUGUCUUUAUUAGUAUUUCUUCAAUUAGUGUUCCAUCAUUUUUAUUUUAUCUAGUCAGAAUUAAUUUUUGUGUAAUUGUGAUCAUUUUAGGAGGUACUAUUUUUUAAGUGUCACUACUACCUUUGGUCGAACGCUUUUGUUAAAUCUAGGAAGCUUAUGGAGGAGAACUAUGGCAUUCCAUGGCUUUUCUACUAGCUUACGAAUUAUAAACAUAAAAUCUGUUGUCGAUUUCUUCUUUCGAGAUUCCUAUUUUUCUUCAUAUCUAGGAAUCAUAACUUUUCAGCUGUAAUUUAAAAAAAAUAUUUUUUCCAGCAUUCUCCAUAGUUCAUUAGGUUUUUUCCUGUUUUGAAUAUCAGUUUAGCGAUGCAAUACAAUUUUUUAUUAUUUAUCUUGCUAACAAAUGGUCGUGCGUACUUAAUUUUUAUUUUGAUUCUAUUCUAUUCUCCCAUUUUGAUCCCAUAUGUUUUUCUUCUUUGGGGUUUCCUUUUCUCUUUAUACAUUUUUAACAAAUUUCGUAUUUUUUCAGAUUUAACAUUAACCUGUGACUAUUUACCUACUUUUUUUAAUUUUUGUUAAUGCUACUUCAUUUUUUGAUGUUAACUCUCUUUAUAUCACUGGACUUAUUUAACCAGCAGUGGAUAAUUAUUUAAUCAGCGAAAAAAAUAAUUUCAUUCACAUAACAGUCUCCAAAAUUGUUAAACCAAGACGAUCCAAAUCUUCUGGAGUAAUAACUCUAAAACUCUAAACCGGUUUGGAAUAAUGACUUCUAUGAGUUCUCUUAUAAACUGGGUUUCGGCGUGACACUAACUCUUUCAGCCGUGACUAUAGAUUUUCUAAUGGAUUUAGAUCAGGACUAUUUUCAGGCCAAAACAGGACAGUAAUGUCAUGGUAGAUAUAAAGAAAAGCAAAUGGAAUAAUAAGAAAAUAACUGUUCAUAUGUCAAUAUGAAUAUAUUCAAAGAGGAUCGUACAUUUUUGUAAAUAGAUCACUUAUAAUAAUUAUUAUUAAGAGCAAACAAAAUCGUUAGUGCAGCUAGGCCAUAAAACUUGCCGAGUUUUUCAAGAUCGGCCAGUUCCUACUCUUUCAAUUAAAAAAAAAAGAUUGCACAGAUCUAGUCAUGAUUUUUGCUGAUAUUUUUUUGACAAUCUACGCUUGGCUUACCUUUUGGUGUUUACAACUCAUUUAAAAUUGUACUCAAUUCAUACUUAGAUUGAUGUAAGUAUAAAAUUUUACCGAAAAAGCUAUAGCAAACUACAUAACGCAAAUUAAUACAGUGAAAUUCAAAUACCAACAAUAACAUUUUUGUAAUUGAAGUUUUGUUUAUUAGAUAGGCCCUAGCCACUCACUUCUUGUAGUUCAAAUGUGCUUGGAAAUGUUUUUCUAUUUACAUAUUUUUGCAAAUGAAAAAUUUUAAAGUCGCCGACUUUUUAUUGUUUGUAAUUUUUAAACCUUUCUAUGGCUUCUUUUUUUAAUACAUUCAACAAGGAGGAGCUCUACUUUAUUGAAAACCUCUGUUAAAUACAUUUAAGAAAGUAUAGGAAGUAUUUUAUAGUCUUUCUAUAAAAGGUAUUAAUACACGAAAGUCACCUAAGGUAGUAAGUUAUGAGUUAAUGAGGAAUUGAACAUUGUUCAAUUUAUUUUUUCAUUUAUCUGCCUUGGACGACAAAUAAUUGUUUUUGUCGUGAAAAUGUGGUUGAUUUUACACCAUUUGAAGAAUUUUGGUCUAGUCUCAAAUGGGAAUUUCUUGAAUCAAACAAAAUCGACAUCAUUCAAUGUUAGCUUUUUAAAAAUUAGUCUGUCUCUCUAUUUCUCUCCCUCCUUCUCUUGUCGUUUCCCCAUUACUCCUAACAAAUUUUCUUCACUGGUCUCUACCUUCAGCUAUUGUAAGAAUUUCACAGAACCAUCUCGUUGGUGACUUGUGACUUCUCCUCGGAACGUUUUCAGAAACAAUCUCUCUAAAUAAUCGUCCCUUCUGUGUACCAUACUAGUAAAUAACUGUAGAAUUCACUGCAGACAUGUUGUGGAAAGCCUUUUUAUAUUUUCAGGUUGGUUAAGAAUGGAAACGUUUGUCCGCUGAGUUGACAAAGGUAUGCGCAGGCGCAGCCAUCGUCUCUAACCGCAUCUCAAAGGCAUCCAUUUUUUGGCGUUCUUAUGCGCAAGAGUCCAAAUUUCUGCCUCGUUUAGAAAUGCAUUGACCGGCAAAAAUUAUUUCCAUUAAAAAAUACAGAUUAAUAUACUUUCACUUAUUCGUUGACGGUUGUUUUCUUGCAGUCAGUCGAAUAAGGAUAACUUUGCUUCUCUUGUAAUGUUUCUGUAAUGAAUUUUGCCAAAAUACUUUUCUUGUCAAAAGAAUUUUGAAAAUUGUUUUCUGAAUUCCAAAUAUUUUUACAAUGUCUUCCAUACUCUAUCCAAACAUUUCUGCAAACCAUUCUGAGGCUCCAUUUUUUCGAGUAAAUGAAAAUUUGGUAAAUCGUUUUUAAAAGAUUAAUUUUAUCCACUCCCCACAUAUUUUUUGUAAUUCUUAUAUACUCUGUAUACGGUACAAAUACAUAUUAUAUAUUUAUUUAUUCUAUCUUCUGCAUUGUUAAUCAGUAUUUGCAAUACCCUUAUAUAGUUGAAAGCAAUUAUAACAGGUGUAACAACAAACCAUUUAGUUAGAAUUAUUUCGCGAUCGGAAAUAGACAGUUCUUUAACAUCGCCUUGUCCUUGCUGUUGCAUUAGUUAAUCCGUUAAGGUAAAUCCCGUUCAUCACAAAAGUAUUUCCUUUAUCUACAGAUGUGCACAUGUAUUUUGUUCACACUUGUAAUAAAAAAUUCGAAACUACAAUUUAUAAAUGUAAAUACUAGGGAUAUAAAGAAUAAAGUCAAUUUACUUAACUAGGGGUAAAAAAUAAAAGCAAUUUCAAUAAUGUAACAGGCGCAACUUCCGUGCUUUUCUACAAGUCUUGCUGUUUACAGUAGAUUACACCCAAAACUCGAUUUUCACAGUCUCUUAAAACUAUGUGCAACAAAUAUAGCAGUGUGGCCAGACCCAGAUUUAGUGAAAUUUCACUAGAUUUAGUAAUUUUUUAACAAUCUAAUGAAAUAGUUAUCUUUUCAAAAUAGACACAAUUCUAACGAUUUUUGGAAGUUUCUAUUAGGGAGCUCGCAAACCAAAAGCGAUAUCCUUACAUCGCAUAACAUACAUUUCGAAAAGAUACGCACUGAGUGUCACAUCUGGUUUUCGGUGAACGAAAUUCCACCGAAAGUCACCGAAGAUUCACCGAAAACCAGAUGUGACACUCAGUGCGUAUCUUUCCGCAAUGUAUGUUAUGCGAUGUAGGGAUAUCGCUUUUGGUUUGCGAGCUCGCUUAUAUUGAAUUCACCGAAAACCAGAUGUGACACUCAGUGCGUAUCUUUCCGCAAUGUAUGUUAUGCGAUGUAGGGAUAUCGCUUUUGGUUUGCGAGCUCGCUUAUAUUGAAUACUCUUGCUACGUAUAUUACAAAAAAUAAUUUUUAUUUUAUUUCACCUGUCCCAACUGACGGUUUCGUUGUAACCACUUAAAACAGUGGUUUAUCUUUUAUUUCUGUUAUUAUUAAAAAAAUUUCAGGAGUAUUUUUAAUACCUUUGUAUCAAAAUUAUUCAUUUAAUACUUCCACGUAUGUAUUGUUUAUUUAUCACUUUUACAAAGAAAGAGAAAUCCCCAAAGAUUCCUAAUAUUUUCAAAAAGAUAAAGGUUGUUUUAUCUAUUUCAACCAGAUAACUUUCAAGCAGAUAACCUUCAACCAGAUACGUUUUAUGUAAAUAUUAUAACCUAAAUACCUAUUCUCGAAAAUGUAAUAAAACUUAAUUGUUUCGUAAUGGCUGAUGUGAGCACUUUGGUCCCAAGCAUUUGGUUCUUUUGAAUUAUCGUUGUUUGAAAUCUUAUUUCAGCAUAAUUAUUAAGGACUUUAACUUUUGAACCUUGAUAAGUCCAAUAUAGGGAAAUCCCCUGAAAAGUUCAUAGAAUUUUUUUUAAAUCUAGUGAUAUCUAGUGAUUUUUUCAGCGAAAUCUAGAAACUUUUAUAAAUUUGACCUGGCAACACGUAGUAUACAGUGAUGAGUGAGCUAAUAAUCGGCAAAAUAACGCAAAAGCUGGAAAACAUAAUGCAUUGCGAGACAAAAAGAAAUGAAAGUAGUGGAGGUGGAAAUUAUCGUUAUAAACGUAUAAAUUAACAUUACAUAGUUUCCCACCUUUAGACGUAUCAGAGGAGUAUGACAACUGUCAUUGCGACAGUAGAAUUUUAUAAAAUUCUCCUGUCACAGACGUCCAAAGGUGGGAAACUAUAUAAUGUAAUGUUAAUUUAUACGUUUAUAACGAUAAUUUCCACCUCCACUAGUUUCAUCUCUUUUUGUUCCGCAAUGUAUUAUGUUUUCCAUCUUUUGCGUUAUUUUGCCGGUUAUCUCUCAUCACUGUAUUAUAAUGAUUGAAAUUGAAAUCUGCAAUAAGUGGUACCUCAAUACAGUUAAGGUGCACAAAUAUACUCAACAGGAGCGAACGAGUUAGCUCAUUUUUUAGAUUGUUUUAAUUUAAAAUUUUAAUAUUAAAAAAGAGUAGUUCAAUAUUCUUGGUCUCUGAUAUUGGUUUACUAAACUACUUAACCUUUCUUUUAUUUUGCAUCUUAUUUAUUUGCACCAGCCUCUUUAUUUAUUUAUGGCGUCCGAGUAAUUUGCUCGACUAUUUUGGCUGCUUUCGGUUAAAUAUAAUAAUAUAUACUUAACAUAUAAGAAAAUUGUACAUGUGUUUAUUGAGUUGAAAGCACCAUCAGAAUCCUUACUCUUUGAACCAUCACACUAUCCCUAAUCACUUGUUUCAAGUAGACAGAACUGCCUACAUUCCGUAUUAGCUGUGCAUCGAGUAUCUUUUUAACAGUAUAAUAAUUAUAAUACGUGUGAUUCAAGGACCAAUGCGUCUGCCAUCGUUGGAAACAACCUUGGUACAAGACGAAACUAAGAGCUACAUGACACUCCAACUGUCACAUUUAAGGCAACUGUUUUAUGAUAUUUCGUUUGAUUGAUUGUUUUGGUUUCAGGAAGUUUUAUUUUUAAGUAUUAUGUUUUAUAUGCUUCUAAUCUAGUGUUGAAACCUGUUUUGUUGGCCAAUACAUUAGUCAGUAUUUAAACAUGCAAAGGAUGGGAGUUAUUGUAUAAAUGAAAAAUUAAAGAGCAGCAAAAACCACUGAGAAAUCAUUUGAUAUUUUCUUAUUUGGCUUUUGACACAUUCUUGUCACCACUAUCAUCAAUUAAUUUGUCUAAAUCAGCUUUUGGACAUAAUCGCAGCCUCUAUUGCUUAUUUAUUUCUGUGGUUUUCCGGGUUCGACUCCGCGUUGAAUAAUUUUGCGUUUUAGAAAAAUGACGUAAGUCAGAUUAGUUCUGCUUUUCUCGAUAUUUGAGAAGAAAGGAUUUCUGGGCGCUAUGCCCUGUGUUUAAAUACCUUGCUGCGCUGCUUGUAGUCAAAAUGCUCAGCCCUAGAAGCUGGGCAGAACCACCUUUCAGUUUCAGUUAUGCAUUCCUCCAGCGUGUCCACGAUGAUAUCCCGAGACCACACGCAGAGUUUGGUAAUAUUAAAGCGGAGCUGAAACAGUUAACUUUUUGCUUGCUCCUGAACACCUUGCCUCCCUUCGGGUCGACGCCAUUCUUCAUGUUUCUUUCUCUAGAAUGGCCUCUUCACAUAUCUCUGAACUGCUCUCUACCGAUCUGACGACCUAAGCAUUUCUUCCACUAUCUCCAUGACUGAUUGCACCCUACCUCCUAGCUCUCUCUCUCUCUCUGUUUCUCUGUCAAUCAGGCUCCUCUCAGCUAUUCAUCUAUCGCAUACCAACAGAGUAUGUGAGGCAAUGUCCGAUAUCACACAGUACAAGUCACCUUCUGUCUUUACAAGGUAUUAAAUAAAACUUUGUAUAUUACUUAUCAUCAUGCAACCUUUUCCGUCCACUGCUGGACAUAGGUAUCUUCCAUUUUUCGCCACUCUUCACGGUUCUGUGCAUCUUGUUGUCAUUUCUUAGACAUUCGUUUAAUAUCGUCCAUCCAGCGUGUUGGUGGUGGACCUCUGCUGCGUUUGUCUUCUUUUGGGCGGUAGACAAAUAAGUUUUCUGGUCUAUCUUGAGUCUUUUAGUCUCGAUACGUGACCUGCCUAAUUCCAUUUCAGCUUGGCUAUGCGUUCGACCAUAUCAGUGACACCUGUUCUUUUCCUCAGGUCUUGGUUCCUUAUUUUGUCUUUUUUUGUCACGCUGGGAAUCGAUCUUUCCAUGCACUUUUGUGCCACUCGCAUUUUUAGUGCUGUUAUAUUUGUGAGCGUGAAAGUUUCUGCUCCUGUAUAAUAGGAAGGACGCAUUGGUCAAAUGUCUUCUGUUUCAUAGGUAUCGGGAUGUUGCUCUUUUAAAGAUGUCUCUUAGUGAACCAUACGCCGCCCAAGCAAUUCGUCAUUGAAAUUUACAGGUCUGAUUAUCCUUGCUUAUUUUGAUUUCAUGACCGAGAUAUAAUAUAAAGGGUGUCCCCGAAAAUAGUGCGUUCCUUAAAGGUAUAGGUAGAAGGCAUAAUGUAGAGCAAAAAGUCUUAUAACAUUUUUUUCUAAAUUGAUCCGUUUGACCAAAAAACGAAAAUACAUUUUGAUAUGCAAAUUGAAGUCUGGCAACAACGCGCAACUCAAAAAUCUAAAGAUUAAAAAAGUAGGUUUGUAGGUCAGUUGCAUCUGGUAGGUAAAAUAAUGUAAAUAUCAACCAAACCCUUAGAGUAGGGAGAAUUUUUAAAAUUCUCCCUACUCCAAGACCAAACCCAUAUCCAUUAUUUUACAGGUAGGUACCUACGAUGUCAACAACUCCAAAAAUCACACCUCGAAGUAAAUAAAAAAGGGGUUAUUUGGUUAAAUUUCCACAGUCACAGCAAGUUCUUCUAGGCUACGUUGCCAUGUCAUUCAAAUUUGUUAAAAUAAAAAUUCACUUAUAUGGAGAACAAUGUAAUUUUUUUCUUGGAAACGGUUAACUUUAGAAAAAAUGUUAUAUAACUUUUUUGUUCUAAAUUGUGUAUUAUAUCCAUACCUUAAAGGAACGCACUAUUUUUGGGGACACGCUGUAUAUUAUAUACAAACAAAGGAAGUUUAUAUUAUGUACUUUUCUGUCAAUUCGACCACUUGAUUUUGGAUGGUUAGGUGUUUGCUGGGAACUAAAUUUUUCAUAAAUUUGGUCUUACUUAUGUUCAUUUUUUACUUAUGCUUUUAUACUUUUACUUUAUUACUUAUGCCAUCGUAGAAUAAAUUAGAUUUGUUGAACUACAUACCCAUCCUUUGAAUUGCCUUAAUACUAAGUAGCUCAUUUUAUCGUUGUUUUAAAAUCUUAGCUUAGCUAAAUUUCUGCGUUAGCUUAUUUUUAAGGAAACUAGGGAAGGAAGCUUCCCGUAGCGUUUAAAAUAAAAGACAUCCCCGUUUCAGUAUUUUAUUUGGACUGAUUCGCUCUUAGUUUCGUGUCGCUCAUUUUAAAAGAAUGGUUCAUACUGAUGUUUUUAUACUAUAACGUAAAAAAUAGUUUUUAGUCUUAUAAGCCCGAUUCGGACGCAGUCUCUAGAACUACCUUGUGAUAGUUGUUAGGCAGCUAGAAUUGCGUCGGUUUUGCCAAGUUGCCAAUCGUUAUAUUUUCUGUAGAAUAGUUUACAAAACUCUGUAUGCACUAAUGUAACGCUUCCAUUUCCAUUUGGGGUUACAAGUUUAAAUAGUUUCUUUUCAUUAUAAGUAGUUUACUUGUACCAGAGUAUACCUAACAAUUAGUAUUCCCACUCAGAUUUGGCGGCAAAGAACACGUAUGUUUACUGCGCAGACGGUGACGUCAUUUACUGCGCAGACAGCAGCGUCAUUUACUGCGCAGACAGCUCUUGUGUUUUCAGUGAGAUGUAACUAAAGUAUCUUAAUUAACUGAUUCAAAACUCUGUAUUUGAUUUUCAAAUGAAACUUUGGAUUUUAGUCUAUUUGACAACCACACAGCUUUAAAACUACCAUAUUUACUAAAAACUGUCCAUUUGAUUUUUUAUAGUUUAUAAGACAGUUAUGUAACAAAUAGUUGUGAAACUUUAGAAAUCAAAAUCAUAGAUAAAACGCAGUGAAAGAAAUAUUUUACAUUAAAAAUAUAUAAACAUUUUCAAUUUUGUUGCAGCCCGAAAUCGCAGCAGCAUUAUAUUCUAGUUCAAUCAGAAAUUUUCUACAUCUGCUAAGAAAAAGACUAAGUUUUCAAUCUAAUAACACAAACUACACAGCUUUAAAACUACCAUAUUUACUAAAAACUGUCCAUUUGAUUUUUUAUAGUUUAUAAGACAGUUAUGUAACAAAUAGUUGUGAAACUUUAGAAAUCAAAAGCAUAGAUAAAACGCAGUGAAAGAAAUAUUUUACAUUAAAAAUAUAUAAACAUUUUCAAUUUUGUUGCAGCCCGAAAUCGCAGCAGCAUUAUAUUCUAGUUCAAUCAGAAAUUUUCUACAUCUGCUAAGAAAAAGACUUUUCAAUCAAAGUUUUCAAUCUAAUAACACAAACUGACAUUAAAAUAUCAUUCUAAAUCCCAUCAGAUUGAAAACAGGGGAACCUUCUCUGGUCACAACCUCCGAGGCUUCUAAAAAAUGCAAGCCAUAUGGCUGCCAAGACUAUAGGAAGAUGGGGGGAUUUUACAAUUCAUAAUUCACGUCCCAUCUGCUCAGCAUGGAAAUAUUUUACGUUUUUUUUUUAAAUUUCCCGAAAAAUGAAGUAGUAACAAUUAGAGAGUUUUGAAAUUGAUUAACUGCUACAUAUGCAUGUAUCCAUUUCGUUAAAAAUUGUUUCAAAAUAAAUGAAAGUCUGCUCUAUCGCGUCCAUAUGUGCAGUGCUAUGCCUGAUUUACCCUCGCACAAUAUGGCGUCAACGUCACCGAAUUUGUAACUAAAGAGAUCAAAGGUACCGCGUCAGAGAGAGUACUGAUUGUUAGGUGUACUGUGCUUGUACAUUCUAGUGAGUUGGUGUAUAGGCUCUUCUUAUAAUUUAGACAGUUUAUUAACAUCUAACACUUCACCAGAUUCUCUGUUAUAUAAAAUCUUUCAGAUUAUUGUAUAUAAUAAAACAACGUGACAUUUUAGUUCAUACAGAGCAUUAAAAAUGUUGAGUACCUUGUAUAUUUGACUGACCCCUUUUUAGCAAUAAGUUUUAUUCGCGGCAGCUUUUUGAUUGCGUUUCGUUCCAAUAGUAAGGAACUCAUACCUUUGAAAAGGACAUUCAAGGUACAUAUUCAUAUUUUUAGAAUAUAUGCACCUACGUGCAUAAGUUCUAGGUAGCUUUUAAUAUGAUGACACUUGAUUUCAAGUUAUUUUAUUUAUGGUCACUGAAGUGCCAAAUUUUAAGUAUUAUAACGUUCGAUUUGCAACUUUGCAUUGAUUAAAAGGAAACAAGGAAAGUAACUGCUUUUUUAAACGAAAUUGAUUGAAACUCGCACACUUAACGCUGAUAUCGAUUUCAGGUACCAAAUGUAAGAGUCCAUGUUACCUUAUUCACUUCUUAAGAUAUUUUUUAAAUGUAAUAAUUUUGGAUGAUAAAAUAUACGGGUAGCGAAAUAUCAUAACAGAUAUGGAAAUAACGGAAAAAUAAUCCACUGUCCUUCAUAAUAUAAUGUUUUUUUAUGUUAUUCAAUUAGGUUUUUACUUCAUUGUAAUAUUUUCUUUGUUUAGAUUUAAUCUUCCAGGAUUAAAUUUCUUUAUUUAGGAAUUGCUUCCAAUAUCUCUUUAUCUAGCUUGUUGUGGCCACAAGACUGUCUGGAAGAUUUACUAUGUUCUGCAAACUGGCAGCUCUAUCUGUUCCAUGGUCUCUCCAUUGUUAAUCUUGGUUUUACGCCUUCUGCCUGUAAUUUCCAUAUCCAAUGGUAUUGCUUCAUGCAUGAUCUCGUAGUGUUACAUAACAAUAUUUGACAUAACACGAAGAUCUGCUCUAUUGCAAACUCACCCAUAGAGCUCUGUAGAUGGCGUAGCAUAAUUUAUUUUUGGAUUUUUUCUCUAUUUAUUUUAUAGGCUGGUAAUUUUUCUUGGAUAUCACCAAUAUUAGUGUUCGUGUUGAUUAACCUACUAUAUUCAGCAUAUGUAAAUUAAUACUUGUCUUUUAAAAGGUUUUAGCUGUUGGUGUUUCUUUUAUUAAUUUUUGUCGGUGAAAUUCCGGGCAAUCUUUCAAAUUAAUGGUGAAAUGAUCUCCCAUGCAACUAAAACAUUUUGGUGUUAUUUCUUCUUCCGCACACUCUUUCGAGUUAUGGUCUUUGUUACAUUUAUAGCGUCUGGGUCGAAAUUUACAUUGGUUUCUGAGGUGCCCAUAACGCAAACAAUUAAAACAAAGUAGUACUUUUUGUUUGUAUGAUUCUACCUCUUUUAUAACUUUAUUGAUAAUGGUAUAUUUAGGUAAUAUUUGUGUUUUGAAACUAACAACACAUGAUUUAUGUAGCUGGCACAAACUCUGUCAUUUCAUCUUUUGUAACUUUACGAUUUAUUCUUUUAACAUUUAAAACUUUCAAUGGUAAAUGGUGAUCAUAUGAUUUAAUUUUAUUUUUAAGGUAAUCUUCAGAAAAUUCCGUCUCAAUGUCUCUUAUUACACCCUGUCUGACAAUAAUAAAUUUGGGAACAUAAAUAUCUAAAUUGUUAUCAAUAAAUACUUUAUCGUUUUUGUCGCUGAUAAGGUAAUUAGCGUUUUUUGGAUCCUUCAUUUUAAUGCGAAUUCUAUUGCGACCUAUUUAAUUGGUCUUUACCAAAGCCAUCAAAUUAAAUAAAAAAAAGCUGUUGGUGUGUCUUUACAGAUUGGUAAAGAAAAUUUAGAAAAAGCUAAUUGAUCUUUACCAAAGCCAUCAAAUUAAAUAAAAAAAAAGCUGUUGGUGUGUCUUCUGGCUAUACGAAAUAUAUACCUAAAUUUACAAAGCGUAUGAUAAAAUAUAAUCUUCUUCUAAUGGCGCUACAACCCUUUGUGAGUCUUGGCGUGCUUAACAAUGUUCUUCCAUUCUGCCCUGUCGGAUAUUUUCCUUGCCACUGCCUGAUAUUCAUGGUUUUUAAGAUCCCCUCUACGUCGUCUAUCCAUCUUUCACGGGGCGUUCUUGUUCUAUUUCCUUGGAGCUUCCAUCUCUGGAUUACUUUCACAGCUCGAUUAUCUGGCAUAUCAGAGCUUAAAAAAUUGUUUCGCUGGCUGAGAAUUUUAGAGAUUCAAGAUCCAAAUACUUAACUUCACGUUCAUAGUUGGCACUGAAUGUACUUAAUUUUUUUGUCUAACAUGUUUUUGUCUAUAUACCAUGAAUUAAGUUGAACCAAUUUAGAAUUUGCUAAUUGCAUAACUGAAACCUGAAUUCGAUAUCAGCAUUCAUAUUAUAAACAAUUUCACUAUAACUGUGUACAUUCCAGUCAACAAAAUUUUUGGGACAUGUGAUCGUUGCGAACAAAUUUUCAUAACCAAAGAGCAAAUAAACGAACAAAAAGUUGACUUCGAGAAUCAUUGUAAACGUUUGCGUUCCUUAUUUUCUUUAACCAUUCAAGGGCAUCUAGAGUAGGUAACUGUAAAUUAUUAUCAAGUUGACAAGCAAUAAGCAAUGUGAGACAGAAUGAACAACCCUCUAUUUUUGUAUCCAAUUAUAAUUGUUAAGACAAAUAAAAUGGUUUAGUUUCACUUGUUAGUAAGUGAACCCUUACUGAAAAAAGAACUGUAAAUAGUAGUAUUUUACUCAGAGGGUCUGAAUGAUUGUGACAAACCAAGUGGUCAGGAAAAUACAUUUAGGUGUUAAGUCGAACCUAGGACAAAUAAUCCCUGGACAAGUAAUCCCGGACAAAAAAUCUCUACAAAUUAUUCCUGGACAAAAAAUCCCCAGACAAAAAGUCCCCACCUAAAAUUCCGCUCAAUAAUCCUCAAUUUUUUUGGACAAAAUAUCCUCACAAAAAAUCUAGGACAAAAAAUCCGCAAGACAUAUUUGCUGCUGAAUAGUUCUGAAAAGUUUUCUCGUGAACGCAAUCGACGCAAAUGUUUUUCAGCCUCAGUGCAUGAGAGUUAUAGCAAUCGCCAUGAAACCGCUUUUCGGCACGAAAAUAAUGAUUAGCCCAAAAAUGAAUAACCAUUUUCAAUUUCGUUGCAACACGAAACUACAGCCGCAUCAUCAUUCCAGUUCAAUCAGAGAGUGCAGCAAGCACCUCUACCGGUUUCGAAACUUAUUAGUAUAUCAUCAGGAGGCACAUAUGUUGCUCUCUCUGACCCAACUAGGACAAACCCCGGCGUGCAGUCACGGAUUGCAACGAACGAAAUGGCAGAGAUGCCCUAGCGGCAACUGCUAUCAAAAAACUAAGUUUUCAAUCUAAUAGCACAUAAAUCAACAUCCAAAAAUGUCAUUCUACAUCCUAUCAGAUUGAAAACAAUGGGAACCUUAUCUGGUAACACCUCCGAGGCUUCUACAAUUUGCAAGCCAUAACGGAUGCUGAGACUCGGGAAGAUGAGGGAGUUUUACAAUUUAUAAUUCACGUUCCAUCUGCUCAGCGCGGUAUAGUUCCAACGAGAAUGGUUUUCUUAUAAUGAUUACCAUUUAAGAUUAAACAUGAAUUGUAAUUUCGAUUACCAAAUUUCGAAUUCCAACUGGUUUUCCCCAGUACGGAUUCAUGCUCUAAAGUUCUAAUUUUCCAUGACAAAAGAGUGAAUUUUUUCAAAAAUCGUGGAAAAUGUGGGGAUUAGUGUGCGAUGAACUAUGAACAAAGCAACAAUGAGGAAAACAAAUAUGCGUGUUGUUUAAAAUUCGUUACAUGAUACAAAUUGUUGGUACAUGAUACGUGUUGUUUUUGGAAUAGUUGAAAUGUGUAAGCGAACACACUCAGAAAUAAUGAUUUUUUGGUAUCUUCAGAGUGGGACUGAAUGUUGCUUGCAUUGAAUUGAAUCUGAUGACUAAAUAUUUUAUGCGUAAAAUUUACCAAAAAGAACCAAUUAAAUUUACUAUUCUAACUGGGAAAGAAGCCACAAUUUAAGUUAAAAAAUGAGUUUAUUGACGUUUCGACUUCCACUUCGGAGGUCGAAACGUCAAUAAAAUCAUUUUUAAAGUUAAAUUGUGGCUUAUUUCCCAAUUAGAAUAGUAAAGUACGUAAAUGCCACAAAUAUAUAGCUACAGAACCAUAUUAAGAACAGGCUCUUUUUCAUUACAAUUGGAUUGAAACUGAUGACUAAAUAUUUUAUGCGUAAAAUUUACCAAAAAGAAAUAAGUCACAAUUUAACUUAAAAAAUGAGUUUAUUGACGUUUCGACUUCCACUUCGGAGGUCGAAACGUCAAUAAAAUCAUUUUUAAAGUUAAAUUGUGGCUUAUUUUCCAAUUAGAAUAGUAAAGUACGUCAAUGCCACAAAUACAUAGCUACAGAACCAUAUUAAGAACAGGUUCUUUUGCAUUACAAUAAAAAGAUCGUUUUCAGGACCAGCAGUUAUCAUCACGAAUAGGCAAUGUUUUGAUUCAAAGCAGAGUGAGAAAAAGAUUUAAGCGAAUAAUUACAACAUGAUUCCUACGGCCUUAGCUCAUUCCCCGUAUUUUCCAUGAUUUUUGAAAAAAACUCACACUUUUUUGUCUUUUGUCGUUUUCGGCAUGAAUGCAUGAAUCCGUACUGGGGAAAAUCAGUUGAAAAAGGAAAUUGGAAAACGAAAUUACAAUUCGUGCUUAAUAUUAAGCGCUAAUCAUUAUUUUCGUGCCGAAAUGCGGUUUCAUGACGAUCUUUUAUUUUUGACGAUACUUUUGUGCAUUUGGGUCGAUUGCGUUCACGGGAAACUUUUGAGAACUAUUCGACAGCAAAUAUUUCAUGGAGAUUUUUUGUCUGAAAUUGAUUGUGGGGAUAUUUUGUCCAAAAAAAUUGUGGGGAUUUAUUUACCGGAUUUUUUUGUGGUGAGUUUUGUCGGUGGAUUAUUUUCUGGGGAUUAUUUGUGGGAAUUUUUUGUCUAGGACUAAUUUGGGGGAUUAUUUGUCCGUACACGGUUAAGUCGUAUCGACAAAAUAAGAAUAGCCGUUUUAUGGAGACUGACUUGUUUUCAUAUAAAUAUAGUGAAUAAUCUAAAAAGUAAUACUUUCAAUGUGGUAUUAGCUAGUACCAACUAGAUAGCGUUGCUCAAAUUGCAAUAAUUUUGAGGAUAUUUCUUUGGAGGUGUUGUGCUUCUAUGUUAACACGAUUAGUUUAUGAUUUUGGACAUUUUCGAUAAUCCUUCAAAAGCUUAGUUUGCUCAAUUGUUAAAGCUGUAGUACUUUUUAGUAUUGUUGACCGAACAAUCUUCAUAAAACUGAUGCAGGCUAUCCGUAAACGUUAAGGAAUUAUUAGAAAUUUUUGAUAAAUCGCUCAUACUCUCUCAAUACGGAUAUUAAUCUCUGGUGGACUAUCAAAAACUUCUAGUAAUUUUUGUAUUUGUAAUUGUUACACAAACAUAAACUUUUAGCUGUUUGUCGUACGUAUUUUAAAGUUACUGUAGCUAUAAGUAACGUAUAAUUUUUUCAUAGACAUUAGUUCUUAGUGUAUGUAGUAUGUAUCUCUGUGUGUAGUGUAGUAUGCGGCGAACAGUCGCAGAUGCACUGUAGUACAGUCGUUCUGAAUAAAGUAGUUUCAUGAAA